GUGCGCUUUAAAGGUAAUAGAUAAGAACAAGUCAUUAUAACCGGAAUAAUUUUUUAGCUGCGUAUAAUUUAGAAAUGACGAAACUGGUUUUGUUUUUACUUUCUAUUGCUCUGUGCCACUCUUUCCCUGAGGAAGAAAAUAAUGACCCAGAAGGUGUUUUGUUUGGUGGCGACAUUUUAUUAACUCCAGAACAAAAAUCUAUAAUUGAAGUUAGUGGAGAUAUUAGUCAAGCUGGACUGCUUAAGGCAUUAAGACAAAAGCGUGCUGCUUUGAGUAAUUCCAGUAUAUUGUGGUUACCUAACAACAAGGUGGUUCCAUGGAGUAUUACAAAACAGCUAGAAAAUACUGCUGAAGCUACAUUUGGUUUAAUGGCAGCUCUUAGAGAAUGGGAAGAAAGAUCUUGUCUCACAUUCAAAAGAAGAACAAAUGAGAUGGAUUACAUUGAAUUUUUUCAAGGUACUGGUUGUUGGAGUUACUUGGGAAAAGUAGGUGGGCUUCAAAACAUUUCUUUAGGUAAUGGUUGUUGGAGAAAGGGAACCAUUGUCCAUGAAAUAGGUCAUGCUAUGGGGUUUGGACAUGAGCAAAAUCGUCCAGAUAGAGAUCAGUAUGUUAAUAUUCGAUGGGAAAACAUUCCUGAAGCUAAGAAGCAUAACUUCAGAUUGUACUCCAACUCCUUAGUUGACAGUCUUAACUCACCAUAUGAUUAUAGAAGUUAUAUGCAAUAUUCAAAAACUGCAUUUGGAAUUAAUGGCUCUGUAACAUUAGAUCCUAAACUUCCUGGUAUUUUCCAGCUUGGUCAAAGAGUUGGAUUUACAGAGCAUGAUCAAUAUCAAGUGAUGCAGCUUUAUCGAUGUCAAGAUAAAACAACUCGUCCAACAACUGUUUUUCCAAGAUAUGAUCUAAAAGGUGAUUAUACUUGUGAUUUUGAAACUGAUUUGUGUGGAUUUACUCAUGAUAAAACAGCAGAUUUUGAAUGGGCUCAAAUUUAUGGUAAAACACCUUCUAGAGGAACUGGACCUGAUACUGAUCAUACUACUGGAAGACUAGGGAUCUAUUUAUAUAUUGAAGCAUCCCCUCCACAAAAAAAAAAUGAUAAAGCUCGUCUUAAAACAAAAUGGUUCGAAAAACCAUUAUCUGCACAAUGUUUCUCUGUUUUUUACAGCAUGUAUUCUCAAAAUGCUUCAAUGAUUGGUGAAUUUAAUAUUUAUAUUGAUGAUACAAUAACAAUAAAAAAUAUCUUUUCUCAAUCAAAAAGUGAGCCAAAUAAUGAUUGGAAAAACUUAUUAAUUGAUAUUAAACCCGAAGGUCCUUACCAGAUUAUUUUUGAAGCUAUAGUUGGUAAUGGAGGGCUAGGUGAUAUUGCUAUUGACGAUAUAAGCAUAACAGAAGGAAUUUGUCCAACAAAAAUUGAAACUUCUGACAGUUUCUUGAACGACUCAAGUUUGUGUGAAGAUAUAAAUGAUAGAGAGGCUGCAUAUUGUCAUCAGUGGGAACAAGCGGGAUAUUGCGUAAGCGAAGAAAAAACUAUGAAGUUGUAUUGUAGAAAGUCAUGUAAAUUUUGCUAUUGCUUGUCAACAAUAGAAAAUGGCGGAGCUAGUUUUGAACAGGUGCGCUUUAGAGAAAUGACGAAACUGGUUUUGAUUUUGCUUUCUGUUGCUCUGUGCCACUCUUUCCCUGAGGAAGAAAAUAAUGAUCCUCAAGGUAUUUUGUUUGGUGGUGACAUUUUGCUUACGCCAGAACAAAAAUCCAUAAUUGAAGUUGGUGGAGAUAUUAGUCAAGCUGGACUACUCAAGGCAUUAAGACAAAAACGUGCUGCUUUGAGUAAUUCGAGUAUAUUGUGGUUACCCAACAACAAGGUGGUUCCAUGGAGUAUUACAAAACAGUUAGAAAAUACUGCUGAAGCUACAUUCGGAUUAAUGGCAGCUUUUAGAGAAUGGGAAGAAAGAUCUUGUCUCACAUUCAAAAGAAGAACAGAUGAGAAGGAUUACAUAGAGUUUUUUCAAGGUAGUGGUUGUUGGAGUUAUCUGGGAAGAGUAGGUGGGCUUCAAAACAUUUCUUUAGAUGAUGGCUGUUGGGGAAAGGGGACCAUCGUUCAUGAAAUAGGUCAUGCUAUGGGAUUUGGACAUGAGCAAAAUCGUCCAGAUAGAGAUCAGUAUAUUACUAUUCGAUGGGAAAACAUUCCUGAAUCUAAGAAGCACAACUUCAGAUUGUAUUCCAACUCCUUAGUUGACAGCCUCAACUCACCAUAUGAUUAUAGAAGUUAUAUGCAAUAUUCUAAAACUGCAUUUGGAAUUAAUGACUCAGUAACAUUAGAUCCUAAACUUCCUGGUAUUUUCCAGCUUGGUCAAAGAGUUGGAUUUACAGAGCAUGAUCAGUAUCAAGCCAUGCAGCUUUAUCGAUGUCAAGGUAAAACAACUCGCCCAACAACUUUUUUUCCAAGAUACGAUCUGAAAGGUGAUUAUACUUGUGAUUUUGAAACUGAUUUGUGUGGGUUUACUCAUGAUAAAACUGCAACUUUUGAAUGGGCUCAAAUUUAUGGUGAAACACCUUCUAGAGGAACUGGACCCGAUUCUGACCAUACUACUGGAAGACUAGGAACCUAUGUAUAUAUUGAAGCAUCCUAUCCACAAAAGAAAAAUGAUAAAGCUCGUCUUAAAACAAAAUGGUUUGAAAAACCAUUAUCUGCACAAUGUUUCUCUGUUUUUUACAACAUGUUUUCUCGAAAUGCUUCAAUGGUUGGUGAAUUUAAUAUUUAUAUUGAUGACACAGUAACAAUAAAAAAUAUCUUUUCUCAAUCAAAGAGUGAGCCAAAUAAUGAUUGGAAAAACUUAUUAAUUAAUAUUAAACCCGAAGGUCCUUAUCAGGUUAUAUUUGAAGGUAUUAUUGGUAAUGGAUGGCAAGGUGAUAUUGCUAUUGACGAUAUAAGUAUAACAGCAGGAAAUUGUCCAACGAAUAUCGAAAUUUCUGACAAUUUCUCAAAUGACUCAAAUUCGUGUGAAGAUAUAAAUGAUAGAGAAGCUGGAUAUUGUCGUCAAUGGGAACAAGCGGGGUAUUGUGUAAGCGAAGAAAAAACUAUGAAGUUGUAUUGUAGAAAGACAUGUAAUUUUUGCUAAAUGUUAAAUGA